UGCACACUGCAUGUUUACUCAUCGCAGCUGGGAUUCAAACUCGCUUUCUGCGUCUCCGCUAUGCUGACCCAUUGCUUCGCGAUAUUUGGAUACUGAGCCCCUCCACGUCCUUUGCAAAGACCGCUGGUUUACUUUCUGACAGCUGUACUGGAGCAAAUGACACCAGUUGUGAAUAUUUUCUAACAGCGCAACGGGAAUAAAAUACCUCACUUCGUCACCGGCCCCCAUCCCAUGAGUCUUGAGAGUACAUCUGGGAUCUGGCCCAUUACUCGGGCACCGGACAUGGACUCGAGAGGAGCCAAGGCAUUUGGGUUUCAGAGGAGUUCAACCUCUGAUGACGACUCUGGGUGUGCUCUUGAAGAGUACACAUGGGUUCCUCCUGGACUACGAGCUGAGCAGGUUCAGAUCUACUUUUCGUGCCUACCAGAAGAGAAGGUGCCAUAUGUCAACAGCCCUGGAGAGAAGCACAGGAUCAGACAACUACUCUAUCAGCUGCCACCACAUGACAAUGAGAUUCGAUACUGCCAGUCCCUCAGUGAUGAAGAGAGACGAGAGCUCCACAUGUUCAGCAUGCAAAGAAAGAAAGAGGCACUUGGGAGGGGGACCCCAAAACUGCUUCCCAGAGCUCUGCAACAUAUUUGUGAGCAUUGUAAAGAGAAUAUCAACGGUGGAGAGAUGGCAGUGUUUGCUUCGCGAGCAGGCCCCGGCCCAUGCUGGCACCCUGCAUGCUUUACUUGCUACACCUGUCAUGAACUUCUGGUGGACCUCAUCUACUUCUACCACAAUGGCAAUAUCCACUGCGGCAGACAUCAUGCAGAGCUUCUAAAGCCACGGUGCUCAGCAUGUGAUGAGAUUAUCUUUGCUGAUGAGUGUACCGAAGCUGAGGGUCGUCACUGGCACAUGAAACAUUUUUCAUGCUUUGAGUGCGAGACUAUUUUAGGAGGACAGAGGUACAUCAUGAAAGAUGGCCGACCCUUCUGUUGUGGAUGCUUUGAGUCAUUGUAUGCAGAGUACUGCGAGGCCUGUGGGGAGAAUAUUGGAGUCGACCAUGCUCAAAUGACGUACGAGGGUGUACAUUGGCAUGCUACUGACAAAUGCUUUUGUUGUGCCCAAUGUAAAACCUCCCUGUUGGGCUGUCCCUUUCUUCCAAAAGAUGGUCGGAUCUACUGCUCUAAGGACUGUAGCCUAGGUGAGGAUGUCCAUGCUUCUGAUUCUUCAGACUCAGCUUUUCAGUCCGCAAGAUCACGGGAAUCUCGACGCAGCAUUCGAAUGGGAAAGAGUAGUCGCCCUACAGAGCAGUGCCAGCAGACAAAACUGUAUACAACAACAGAUUACAGGACCUCUAGUCUAUGUGGCGACAACACGGAGACAAUGUGUCAUCAGCUGGAGAGAAUUAACUUUACAGAGGACAACUACUGGAGAGAGCGAGAUGAGCAAGAAGCCCCUGAGGACUCUGUGGAAGAUUGGGCUGAGCAUGAAGACUACAUGACUCAGCUGCUCCUGAAAUUUGGAGACCGUGGUGUCAUCCACACGGAGGACACCAGGGCAGCAGAGCCAUGGAUGGUGAAAGACACUGAAACCAACAGAACCAAACCAGAAAUAAAGAUAAGUGGCCACAAUUUGGCAAGUAAGAAGCACCACACCGAGAUGUAUUGGGCCCAGUCUCAGGACGGACUUGGAGACUCUGCCUACGGUAGUCACCCAGGCCCAGCUAGUGCCAGAAAGAUACAAGAGCUGGAGAUGGAUCAGGGAACAGUGCCUGGAUUCUGGUCUGAGCCAAGGCAAUGGUAUGAAGACUCAUUAGAGUGCAUUACAAGUGAACUUCGGAAGGCAGAACACAAUAUUGGAGAUUCAAUGGAUUCUCUAGCUCUUUCAAAUAUUACAGGAGCUUCAGUGGAUGGGGACAGCAAGGACAGACAGACCAUGUACUCUCUCCAAAACAUGAAAGACCAAGAGAGAGAGAUGGAAGAGUGUGAUAACAUUAGUAACGUGGGCACACUAAACUCCUCAAUGCUCCACAGAAGUGCUAAUUCCCUGAGGAGUUUAAACUCUGAGCUAGACCAUGAGGAGACACUGGGGCAGGGAGCAAGAGAAGAUGACGAAGAGGACAGAAUACCACCAUAUUUUGGAGCAGAACCCCCAUCUCCACUGAAUCUUCCAGUGCUGAGAAGGACCAAGUCACAAUCUCAGCCCCAAUCCAGACCUCAGCAAGUGAAGUUCUCUGAUGAUGUUCUGGACAAAGGAUAUUAUGGUGCACUGGGCUUAAGGCAACCACCAAUGAGCGAGAGGACACGCAGGAGGACCUAUCACAUGGAGGAGGAGGCGGCAGCAGCAGCAGAGAGACGUCCUGCUAACAGACAUCACCACAAACGCAGGCACAGUCGGAAAACGCGUUCAGAAAAUGCAUUGCACCUGCCUUCCAAAAAUCGUGGAAAACUGCAUGUUGUGCCUCAGGUAAUCAGCUCAAACAUGCCAGAGCCCCGGAAUGGUAUUCUACUAAAUCACUCAGCACACAGUCAGCACCCUUAUCAUCAAGCCACCUCAGACUUUCCUCAGCAGGGUAUGGUCCGACUGGACCAAUUCCAGGACUUUUGUGAUGAUGAUGAAGAAGAUGAUUGGUGUUCAACAUGCUCUUCUUCAUCUUCAGAAUCUGAGGAGGAGGGAUUCUUUCUUGGUCAGCCAAUCCCUAAGCCCCGAUCCCAAAGUUUUCACUAUUAUACGGAGGACUAUCCGACUCGGGUCACGGCUUUAACGCCUCCUUUUGGCUCAAGGACCAAACUGAAAAAGAAAGGUCACAAGGGAAAGAACUGCAUAAUUUCUUAGACUGAAGACUGCCUCUGUUGCAGCUGGAAUAAACUCAUGCCUGAUCCUACAGAAGAUGGAAAGUUCUCUUUACAAACACUGAGAGCCAGUUAUGUUGCUGUUGUACAAACAAUGAAAGUAACAUGUAAGAUUUCCUUGUACAUUGUAUUCCCAAAAGCAAAAUAAGAGUAGCAUGUAGACUAACUAAAUAAUUAUUUAAUAGUGCAAGCAAUGUAUAUUUGUUAAAUUAAGAUUGGAAUACUGAUAUUUUUAUAUCCAAUUAUGUAAAAUGAGUAAUUUCCACAAUUUACUGACCUGAGAUGGAGUUUUUAUGAUUAUUAAUGAACUAAUUGAGGUUUGCUGACCAGGGAUUUGCAAAUGCAAAAUAUAUAUGCACUAUUCAUGCGUGAUGCCCUCGUUAUGUUACUCUACAGGUGUAAUAAGUGCACCCUUUAAGAUUUCUCUGUCCAUGAUGUGUUUAUGCGCUUAAACAAUGUUAGGGGAAUCUUUCCCCUAGUAUAUACACAAUACACCACAGGUAACCAUACUAUCCUUUUUAUCGUUGAGAUGUCAAUAAAAUAUUUCAAGAGAGAUUUAAAACAUU